AUGGCAGGAGUCCUGCUCCUGCUGGCCUUGACGGCUGUCAUGGCGCUGGCCUCCUUCCUGGCCGGCGCCCUCCCGCUGUCCAUGGCCCUGUCGCAGUCACAGCUGCGAUUAAUAUCCAGUAUCGGUAUCGGCAUACUCGUCGGCACCUCGCUCAUAGUCAUCAUACCCGAAGGAAUCUCGGCCGUGGCAGAGGCCUCUCUGGCGUCGGGCAGCGCACCUGGAGUGGGAGCCGUGAGGAGACAUCUGUCUUCCCGAGGCGCCGCCGCCGUGCGUUGGGAACGGGGCACGAGGGACCUCCACACGGCACAGGUCGCCGCGGGGGAUGCGCAGGGUGAGUCCCUCGAGCAGACGCUCCCCGUCAUCCUCCCCGACCUGGACGCCCUCACCAGCGACGUCGCCCGCGUGGCCUCGCCCGUCGAGGACCCGCCGACCAAGACGCCCUCGGAGCACGCCCCCCACCCCCCGGAGCCCGUGCCCACCUUCUACGUCGGCCUGUCGCUGAUCCUCGGCUUCGUGCUCAUGUUCCUGAUCGACCGCCUGCCGCGCCACGCCUCGGAGAACUUCCAGCCCCCGCCCGCCCCGCGCCACAUCAGCCUGAGCAACCUGGGCGGCUCCGCCCUGCCCGGCGACGACCUCGAGGAGCAGGAGGGCUUCCUCGGCGGCCUGGCCCCGACCCCGCGCCAGACCCGCAGCCUGGCCACCACCACGGGGCUCGUCAUCCACGCCGCCGCCGACGGCAUCGCCAUGGGCGCCAGCGCCUCGGGCAGCGACAUGAAGCUCGGCUUCAUCAUCUUCAUCGCCAUCAUGGUCCACAAGGCCCCCGCCGCCUUCGGGCUGACGUCGGUCUUGCUGAAGCAGGGCCUGUCGAAACGCGCGGCUAGGGGCCACCUGAUCGUCUUCAGUCUUGCGUCGCCAACCGGCGCCUGGGCCACAUUCAUUCUCGUGAACCUUCUCGGGGGAGGCGGAGGCGGUGAGGGCGCAGACGGCGAGUGGAAUCAGUGGUGGACGGGCAUGUUGCUCCUGUUCUCGGCAGGCACCUUUCUAUACGUUGCCAUGCACGCUAUGCAAGAGGGCGACUCGGCGGCGCCACACGAGACGGCGCCCACCACCUCCAACGGCUACGCCGACAGCCCGACUCUCGGCCCGCGGAAACAGGCCAGGCCGCAGAUGCGGGAUACUAUCGCCACGGUGGCCGGCAUGCUGGUGCCUCUGCUUACGCAGUUUGGACAUCACCACUAG